AUGUCUGGGGAAUCCCUAUAUGAGUAUUAUGAGCGCUUUAAAGCAUUGUUAUCCAGUUGUCGUCACCACCAAAUUUCAGAUACAUUGUUGAUUCAAUAUUUUCAUGAAGGGCUCUUGCCUCUUGAGAGAGAUUUACUAGAUUCUGCUACUGGAGGUGCUCUUCUUGACUUGACUGUUGAAGCUGCUUGGAGAUUGAUUGAAAAGAAAGCUGAAAAUACCCAACAGUUUGGUACUAGGCAGCAAGCUAGAGUAAAUGAAGUUGGAUUGCAUUCAUCUUAUUUUGAGUCUCGCCUUGAGAGCAAAAUUGAUAAGUUAACAUCUGCUAUGGAGAAAAUGAUUGUAUUUCAGAUGAAAAACUCCCAAAAUAUGGCUCCUUCUGUGGGAUCUUCCUCUGCUUUAAUCUCACAAGCUGACUCUACAGCUCUAAUUGGGCCACUUUGCUCUAUUUGCUCUCUAGCUACUCACACCACUGACUCUUGCCCUUACCUAAAUGAUGGAGUUGACUCGUGUAAUGCAUUAUACCACACUAAGCCUAUGACUCAAGGUGGCCAGAAAUAUGAUCCUUACUCAAAUACAUACAACCCUGGAUGGCGUGACCAUCCAAAUCUCAUAUAUGGGAGUGGCCAGCCUCAACAAUCACAGUUCAAUCAAGGCAUAAACUCUUCUAGUGGUAAAAUGUUCCAACAAGUUAGGCAAACUAUGCCCAAUCAAGAUAAGAGUUCAAAGUUAGAAGGCAUGAUGAAACUCCUGAUGGAUAAGUUUGAACAAAAGGAUUUGCAACAUAGCCAAGAAAUUCAGAAUCUUCAAACUCAGAUUGGGCAGUUAUCUAAUGCACUUAGUAACAUGCAAAGUCAAGGCUCAGGGAAGUUGCCAUCUCAAGUAGUAGUUAACCCUAAUGUUGGCACCCAGCAGAAUCCUAACAUUGGUGGAGUUAAUGCUAUAUCUCUUAGAAGCGGAAAUUCAAUUACCUCUGCAGAUCCUGUCACUACCCAUGCUUCAAAGGACAAGGAAGCUAUCAUUAAAGAUUCUCCCCCUGCUUCCACAUCGCAUAAUAAGUCCACUUUAUCAACACCACAUGUGGCAUUGCAAGAAGAGCAAGAAAAAGAUGGGGAAGGGAAGAAAGUGAGCGAGCAAGUCUUACCUUUUCCUACAGGGGUGAUUAGGGCUGAAAGGAAAAAGAAAGAAGCUAAGAUGUUCAAUGAGGUUUAUGAUAUCUUCAAAAAGGUGGUGAUCAAUGUUCCAUUAGUUGAUCUAGUUGCAUAA